CUUAUCUUUUUGAAACGGUGAUGAUUUGCCUAGUAGUAACGUGUUGUCUUGAUGUCUUUGUAUGACAUUUAGCUAAGUAGUGAAGUGUAUCGUAUUUUUUCUAAAAACGUUCUUCUCGUGCCCUUUUCUUUGGUCAUAAUAUGCGCGUGGGCAGAUUCCUCAUUCCUCAUUUCUUUGAUAAUGAUGACUCCGGCUCCUGCUUUCUUGCGACCUCACCAAAGUGUGUGGUGGAGGAAAUCUGCCCCAAUAACAGCGUAGUAUGGUCAGCUGACGAACGCCUUCUGGAGGCCAAGACUAUUGUAGAUAGGGCUGCUGCGUUGCAUCACGCACAUCAAGAGCCUUUCAAGUUGUCCCGGAUUGCAGCCUCACACGCGAUGUCAUGUCUAUUGGCUCGGAAAGGCCACGCAACUCUUCAAGAAACCCCUUUUGCUUUUUCGGGAACACGAGAGGAGGCUCUCAGGGAUUAUGGUACCCACCUUAGCUUGUCACAUGAGACAUUCAUUGGCGGUGCGCUUGCAUGGUCUGCAAACCCUACUGGGACACACAGUACGGGAUCACCUGGAAUGACAGUAUUUGCGUUAGAUAUUGUAGAUGUUCUCGAUGUGGAACGUGUCAGUUGCCGUUUCCCAGAGCGUAUGCGCCGUUUGUUGACACCGCGUGUUCCCCUGUACGAUUCCUUUUUAGAAAACGAUCACAGUAACAACGAGGAUCUAGCGCGUGAGUUGUGCAUCCCUGCAGAGCUACUUUCUAGUACCUUAGAUAGCGAAAAUACUUUAAUGAAAGCGUCGUAUCCAUCUUUCUCUGUCCUACACCCAUUAUAUACAGUAAGUCAAUGCAUACUGGCGCAACGUUGGUCAUUGCGGGAGUGCUGUGUGAAGCUGCUUGGUAUUCCACACCGCGCGUUUAACUACGCUUGUGUGGAAUGCGACGGGGGAAUGCCAGAGGGAAGGCAGGGCUGUGGCGGGUUUCAGCGCAGUCUCCCUUCAGGCUUAUGGCACCCAAACACACUCUAUGUUACGCGCGUUGUGGGGGAGGAGCGAGCUGUGUUCAAGUCUCGUGGGCUAGUCCCUCAUCUGCAAGUGAUUUCCAUGUUCAAAUGUCUAAAAACCUUGGAGGGAGAGCUUCGUCCGGUUGUGGUCACCAUGGCAUCCUGCAAACGUCUGAGUUGCUAA